AUGGCGGAUACCCCGGGAAAGGAGAUUCCGACAAAACGUGCAUCGAGAAACUCACUGUCUUGCGCACAAUGUCGCUAUAAACAUCUGCGUUGCGACGGCCGCAGACCGGCAUGCACGCGCUGUGAGACGGAGACGAAACAGUGUAUUUAUCCUCCUUCACGACGGCGUGGAAACCCAAAAGAGAAGCAGUCGGCAUAUUCGGGUAAAGCUCCAGUCCUGGAAAGCUCUAUCGACUCCUCGUUGGACAGUCAUUUCCCAACAACUAAUCCUUCAUCGUCAUCCUCAAUUGCUGUUACUGGUGAACUUGAAGCAUCUUUUAAUUCGAAUUCUCAAUAUUUGGGCCUAUACUAUGAGUCAUUCCACUCGGCUCACCCAUGUGUCCUGCCACUUUAUGCGUUGAAACAACGACUCACAGAUCCGGCAAUCCAGCCCCUUCUUCGGGUUUUGUGCUAUGUUGGGUCAAUUUUUGAUAGCUCAGGCCCAGCUAAGAUAUGGUAUCAGCGUGCUCAAGAAGCAGUGGGUGAGAUUCGCAUGGCGACUCGCCCCCCCACAGCCUUUGACGUUCAAGCUGUACUUCUCUAUUCCAUCGCCGUUUACUGGUGCAACGAGCCGGACCGAGGGGUUGAGCUACUCGAUGAAGCAAUUCGCAUUGCGGUAUCUAUUGGAAUGAACAAGAAAGAAUUUUCUCAGACAUAUGGAAAUGGCGACUCUCUCUUCGAGGAAAGCUUGCGACGUACUUGGUGGGUUAUUUACAUCACCGACGCCCACAUCGCAGGCAGCACACACACAUAUCCAUUUCGGACUAGUGGUAUUGAUAUCACUACGGAUCUUCCCUGUGAAGAAGAUGAAUACGAGGUUGGAAAUAUCCCACCAUCAAGAUCCAUUGAGGAUUAUGAAAACCGUGAAUUUUUCACAGAAGACGACCCUGAAUUUUCGUCUUAUGCGGAACUUAUUGGUCUCACCCUAGGAAUUGAUCGGGCGUUGUCGCCAGGAAGCACGACAGAUGCUCAACUCUACAUUGCUAUGGCUUCCGCAUCUGAUACCAGCACCCGAGCGUGGUACAGUCUGCUUUCGCCUUCGAAGAGAGAUCCCAUUCGGCCUGAUGGUUCUAUUGACGAGGUCAUGUUCAAAGCAUUAUUCAUCAUGCACACGUACUCUGUCGAAAUCCACCGACCGCUGUCCGCAUUGACACACAGUGCAAUUGAAUCUGUCUCGCGUUGUGCUCCGAGGGCCCCAUCAGACCAAUUGAAAUGCAACAAUGCAAAAGAAAGGGACCUCCACACUCUGAAAUGCACCAAUGCCAUAAACAGCAUCGACAAACUGCUGACUCUUCCAACCAACAUGAAAUCACACUCUCCAUUUAUCAUUUGCAUGAUUGCCAAUGUGGCAAUUGCACAUCUAUCUGCUUGCCGAUUUAUCUACCAUGGCCAGAAACUGUCUCAAAGCCGUGAGAAGAUUCGUUUGACGAUGGGCACUUUGAAACAUCUCAGCGAGCAUUGGGUUCUUGGCAAGAGAACAUACCGUGAAAUCGGGAUUAUUGCCCGAGAGCUAUUAUCACUUGCGAAAGAUACCCCUGUGGCUUUACCGGCAGCUGACUUGGCUCUCCCCGACCCUCCCUCUAUGGAUAUGCCUGCCUUGGGUAUGCUUCCGGACGGAAAUUUCGACUUCUGUGCCUUUUUUGAUGCGGGCACAUCUGGCCUCAGUGAGCCGAGCAUGCAGUUUAUUCUGUGA